AUGCAAAACGGCAGUCCCAACGUCCCAUCGCCUCCCGAUGAACCAUUAACCCCAGUCCCUGAUUCUCCACGUCUCGAAGCAUCCGCUCUAGAAAAAGCACCCGAUUCUGGCCCCUACGACUCACUCCCUUCCGAACCGCAAGACGACGAAGCUGUCCAUCAACUCGAAGGACCUCCUUCGAAGAAGCGAAGACUGACCGACACGACCCCGUCGCGCCGAUCGACGCCACGACCACUGUCGCCGCCUUGGAAGAAGGUCGGAGUCGAGGGGCCAACCUCAUUUCAACUUGAAGGCAAGCGCAGGUCUUCGCGGACCAACGCGGUGCCUCUAGAACUACAACCACAAUCCGAUAAACGACACACUCGUGCUGCGCAGAGCGACUACGUGAAGAAAAGUGCCCGCGACAGCGCGAAACCUGCCACGUCAUCUCCACUUGCCGCGACUCACUCGCGUACCGCAGCCAACGGCAAACUUGGUGGCAAAGUGACCACCAAUGGAUCACCCCGGACUGCGUCCAGCCGGGGCGCGAAUGCUAAGCAAGCGCCAGUUUCACAGUCGCCAUUAUCAAAGUCGGCCCACUCGCGCGCGAGAUCUCGAAGCUCUGGCACCCUGCACCGCUCCCGCCCCAGCUUGAAUGGCGCAAAUCCUCGUACCCUUCGCGAUCGCAACUCAGGUUCCGCAGCCUCACCACCCCACGAAAAUAUCGAGCAUACAAAUGGACAUGUGGAGGAGCUGGACUCAGGGUCAUCAAAGGUCCCGCGACUGCGUAUCAAAGUCAAGAAACCUAUCUUGCCUGUUCGACACCCUGGCCACAUCACCAACAAAAGAUAUGAGUCGUUCCGGGAAUGGGUGGAUCGCGAGGACGCUCCGAACCUGCUGUCGGAACAGGAGGCUCUGGAAGAGGCCGAGAGGCGUCGUGAAGUCGUGAUCGCAGCUGAGCCCGGUGGUCCUUUGAGCUCAGACGUAUGCUCGGCAUACAUCACGGAACAACAAGAAGAACCUCCUCCACAAUACUCGCACCAGGAUCACCUAGUAUCUCAUGCCCUCUAUUUCCAGAAGCUCUUGGACAAGGAACACAAGCGCCAUCGACAGACCGCCAAGUUGUUCGCCCAAUGGUGCGCCGAUGCGUACAGAAAGCGCCACAAGGAUCCGGAAGACAUCUUGCGUGAACAACAGGAGGUGGUACGGGUGAAGCGUAAACAACUUGGCAAAGACCUGCAGAAGAUGUUUGAUUUGGCUCGUGCGGAAAUUGAUCGCAUACGGUUGAUGCGUUGGGAGGAAGAACGGAAAGUUCAAGAUCAGCAGGCUCUGGACCGUGCUAUCAAGAACUCGACCAUGCUCUUCGAGAAGCGCCGCUCCGAGAUCCUUGGUGAGGCCCCUACAAGCGACGCUCCAACCAGCGAGGGCGAGGAGGAGGACGGGAGCGAUGGUUCAUCAGAUUCUGGGACAGACAACGAGAGCAACAUGUCCUCAUCAGAAUCGGAAAUGGACGAUGAAAAUAUUCUCGAUGAUGAUGCCAACCUGACCCCUGAAGAACUUCGAUUGAAAUACGCCAACCUGACCGCGGAAGAUACCGGAGACCAAAUGUCUACAACUUCUGGCAUCACCCCAUCCGUUCUACAUGAUAGUGAAGCCGUUCCCGACGAGGCCGAUUCGCAGGCGACCCCCGGCGAUACCAAGUUGGAUGAUGUGGAUUCAGUGAUGAUGGACGACAGCGACAACUCGACUGACAUGGAUGAUGAUAUGGGCGAUAGCGAUGAUGAUGAUGAAGAAGACGAAGAGGAGAGUGAACAAGAGUCCGAAGAUGAGGGUGAUGGUGCGCCUGGCUUGCUGGGCUUCUUUUCUUCAAAAGACCUUCCUAUUGCCAAUGACGGAAACGAGGAUGUGGAUGAUGAGCCGGGUACAGACGUGGAUAUGUCAGAGGGCGAGAAGGAUGAAAUGGAAGAUCCAGACGAGGUUUCUCUUGUUCCUAUCGGACCACAAGAAGGAACAUCCACCGAAGCUACAGCCACACCGGCACAAGCCGCAGAAGCCUCUGAAGGAGCCCCAGCGGAUACCGACGCUUCUAUUGUCGAUACUCCCAUGACCGAUGAAACCGUUGAGCCAAAUUCUGCUGAUCCUACGGAACCUGCUGAGCCCAUCCCCACCGAGGCUUAUACCACCGAGGCCGAGGAGAAGGUCGAUGAAGUCGUGCAUCGGCCCGAACUGACUGGGGAGGUAUCGAGCCAGGCUUCUCCGGGGACCUUUGCGACCAAGCCGUCUGAACCCGAAUCCGUUUCUUCAUACGAGCCCGCUGCGGAAAAUGCACUGCAAGCGAGCCAUUCUCCCGCCCCAGGCCCGAAAACACCUAUCCCCCAUCUACUUCGCGGCACACUACGUGAAUAUCAGCACUAUGGAUUGGAUUGGCUUGCUGGCCUGUACAACAAUCACAUCAACGGUAUCUUGGCCGACGAGAUGGGUCUCGGUAAAACCAUUCAAACGAUAGCCUUGCUCGCCCACCUGGCUGUCGACCAUGGUAUCUGGGGCCCGCAUAUUGUGGUAGUGCCCACCAGUGUGCUGAUGAAUUGGGAAAUGGAGUUCAAGAAAUGGUGCCCUGGUUUCAAGAUCAUGACCUAUUAUGGCACCCAAGACGAGCGCAAGUUGAAGCGCAAGGGCUGGACCGAUGACAAUUCCUGGAACGUGUUGAUCACCUCAUAUCAGCUCAUCUUGCAGGACCAGGUGGUUUUGAAACGUCACGAGUGGCAUUACAUGAUUCUUGAUGAAGCGCAUAACAUCAAGAAUUUCCGUUCGCAGAGGUGGCAGGCCCUCCUCACGUUUCGAACCCGCGCUCGACUCCUCUUGACCGGUACUCCGCUGCAGAAUAACCUCACUGAGCUCUGGUCGCUUCUUUUCUUCCUGAUGCCCUCCAAUGGUGAAGAUGACGGGGAAGAAAACGGUGAAGAAGGUGGUGUUGGCCGCCGUGGCGCCGUCCAAGGCUUCGCUGAUCUCACCAAAUUCUCCGAAUGGUUUCGUCGGCCAGUCGAGCAGAUUCUCGAGCAUGGAAGGGAGACGAUGGACGAUGAGGCUAAGCAAGUCAUUACCAAACUCCAUACAGUUCUUCGCCCCUACAUCCUGCGACGACUCAAGGCCGAUGUCGAGAAGCAGAUGCCCGGCAAGUACGAGCAUGUCGUCUACUGCCGACUGUCGAAGCGCCAGCGAUUCCUCUACGAUGGCUUCAUGUCCAUGGCAAAGACGAGGGAAACUCUUGCCUCCGGCAACUACCUGUCCAUCAUCCAUUGCCUGAUGCAGCUGCGCAAGGUCUGCAAUCACCCAGAUCUCUUCGAGACAAGACCCAUCUCUACAUCAUUUGCAAUGCCCCGCUCUGUGUCUACGGAAUACAAGGCCACAGAAUCUCUGGUUCGUCGACGACUGCUUUUCGACCAUCCUUUGACCAAGGUUGACUUGGACUUCCUCAACCUGGCCCCCAUCUCUCGCGAAGACAUCUCACGCCGCUUGGCUGACGACAGCAUCCGAUUGAUGGCCUUUGGCCCGUUCAAGAAACUCCGCGAGCGCCAAUACAGUCGCACCAAUUGGCAGAUGGGCUUCGAUGGAUCAAACAUGGAGACAAUCCUCGAGUCAUUGGAAAACGCCUGCCGCAAGAGAAGAAUGGCCGAACUAGAGCGUUGUCUCUACUUCGAAUCCAAGCGUCACGGUCGUCGUCCUGUCUACGGCAGCAGUUUGAUCGAAUUUCUUCGGGCCGGCACCAAGGAACAUGCACUUUCGAAUGCUCCGCUACGGAAGAGUAAUAUGGCCGAAUGGCUCUCCAGUCGGUCAUCCGUCCUCGCGUCCAUGAUCCUUACCACCGAAGAAAGAUCCAUCAACAUGGAUGGCUACGUCCAGAGGUUUGCGUGUGUUACUCCCGCCGCUGUCGCCGCCGGUACCACCGAAGCUGCCUUGACCCCGGUGGAAACGCGCCUUUUAACCAAUACCAACCGCGAUCAGUCCUAUGAUCCUUUCCAUGAGGCCCGCAUGCGACUCUCUAUCGCGUUCCCGGACAAGCGGUUGUUGCAGUACGACUGCGGCAAGCUCCAGCGUCUUGACAAGCUGUUGCGUGAUCUGAAGGCCGGUGGUCAUCGAGCCCUUAUCUUCACGCAGAUGACCAAGAUGCUCGAUAUCUUGGAACAGUUCCUCAACAUCCACGGCCAUCGCUACCUCCGACUCGACGGUGCUACAAAGGUUGAGGCGCGACACAUGCUCACCGAGCGGUUCAACAACGACAACCGCAUUUUGGCCUUCAUCCUCUCCAGUCGAUCCGGUGGUCUUGGUAUCAACCUUACGGGUGCCGACACAGUGAUUUUCUACGAUCUCGAUUGGAACCCCGCCAUGGACAAGCAAUGUCAAGAUCGCUGCCAUCGUAUCGGCCAAACUCGCGACGUCCACAUCUACCGCUUCGUGUCCGAGUAUACCAUUGAAUCCAACAUCCUCCGGAAAGCCAACCAAAAGCGGAUGCUCGACGACGUCAUUAUUCAGGAGGGCGAGUUCACAACCGAUGCCUUCACGAAGAUGAAGGACGCGCAGGUCGUUGUCGAGGAUGACGAGCGUGACGGUCACGACGAAGCUAGUGCUGCAAUGGAUCGCGUCCUGGGGAAUAACGUUCCGACCAGAUCUCGUGUCUUUGAGCAGGCUGAGGACAAGGAAGAUAUCGAUGCGGCGAAGAAUGCGCAGAAGGAGCUCGAGCAUGCGGAUGAUGGUGACUUUGACGAGGCUCAUACUGCUUCUCAGGGCGCCACCCCUGCACAGCCUGGUACUCCCCUACCCGCCGCCGAAGACGGAACUCAACCUGCAGCCGGAGAGCCGCAGCUUGGUCACAUUGAUGACUACUUGCUUCGUUUCAUGGAAUGGAAUAUGCGUGACGAGCCUCUUGUGCUCCCACCGGACAAGAGCAGGAAGAAGUCCAAGAAGGGCAAGGAGCAUCAUCUGAAACGGCGUCGUUGA